AUGGGAGCAACUAUCCAAACGACGACACCAUGUGACGCACGCGUCAAUCUGAGCGACGCAGACGACCAGACGAUCUCUCAGUGGAUGUACUCGGACAUCAGGAUCCAAAUCAGUAUCAUCUCCCGCUCUAUUAUCCUAAUGGUUGGCGUAGUCGGUAAUGGCGCGUUUUUUAUCGUCAGCGCCCGGACCCGGAGCAUGCACACCCUGGUGAAUUUGUACCUGGUCCACCUGGCCGUUGCCGACAUGCUGGUGUUGCUUCAGCACGCAGCCGUGCCCAUUGUCGAGUACUCGGUGCUUCAGAUACAAUCGGACGGGCAUCUGUUCGGUGCGUCCGGUUGCAUGGCCAGUAUGUUCUUCAGCUACCUCGGGUACUUUACUUCUAUCACAUUGGUGUGUCUGAUGUCGACGGAGAGAUAUCUAGCGGUGUGCCACCCUCUUAAACACCAUUCUAUCAACACCAAGGGUCGUGCGUCCAAACUGAUUGCGUGUGCCUGGGCUUUGGGUGUCUUACUAAGUGCCUGUGCCAUUCCGACCAGCGCUAUCUUCACAAAGACCUGCAUCGAGUGGCCAGAUGAGGAGAAAUUCACUACAUACCCAACUUACGCAGGCCGCUGCGUCCCGACGGUCGGAUGGGCUUCGUAUGUUUUCGAUGUCAUACAGGCCGUGCCUUUCUUCUCGGCCCUUGUUUGCAACGCCGUGUUUUUCACCAAGAUCAUCCGGAACCUCCGCGGCAGACACGAGAUCGACCAGGGCCGGGGAUCGCUCCACGGACGCCGCGUGGCACACAUCACCUACCAGGUCACCAAGAUGCUGGUGGUAAACGGCGUCGUGUUCUUCAUCUGCCACGCCCCGUUCCAGUUCCUGUCUCUGUGCACCCUGGUGUCCACCUUGACAAACCUUCCCCUCUUCACAGACCCGGUCGCACAGACGAUUAUCACCACAGCUUUCCGUCUUCUCGUCUACGCCAAUUCCGCUGUCAAUCCCUUAGUUUACAAUGCCACUAACUCGCGCUACCGGAGAGCAUUUGUCCAAGUUUUUGCUUGUUCGUCUCGAGCGAGACGGCAGGCAGCGCAGUCUACCGUAGCAGGGUUAGCGUUGGCUACUAACACUGCGAAUGGUCGCUCUGUCCAGCAUCGCCUGGACGUCAUAGGCCGACAAACAAGUAACGGUAGUAUCCUGAAUGGGGCACUGGCAAGUCGGGACUCACAGCACAGUUUGAUAACAAAACUUUAG